CUAUCCAUUUCCCAUGGUAUUCAGUAGCUGCAGUAGAAAGGACCUGGAAAACAGCCUGGAAAAAGGAGUGGGAAUGUGUCUGUUUAACUUGCCUGAAGUCAAGGAGUCCUUCGGCGGGCAGAAGUGUGGGAACGGCUAUGUGGAAGACGGAGAGGAGUGCGACUGCGGGGAGCCUGACGAAUGUACAAACCGGUGCUGUAAUGCGACUACCUGUGCUUUGAAACCGGGAGCGGUGUGUGCCCAUGGACUUUGCUGCGAAGACUGCCAGUUAAAACCAGCAGGGAUUUCUUGCAGAGAGUCAAGUAAUUCCUGCGACCUGCCAGAAUUUUGCACGGGAGCCAGCCCCCACUGCCCCGCUAACGUGUACCUGCACGACGGGCACGGGUGCCACGGGGGGGACGGCUACUGCUACAAUGGCAUAUGCCAGACCCACGAGCAGCAGUGCAUCACCCUCUGGGGCCAAGGUGCGAAACCUGCUCCUGGGAUCUGCUUUGAGCGAGUCAAUUCUGCAGGCGAUCCUUACGGCAACUGUGGCAAAGACUCCAAGAGCUCCUUUGCUAAAUGUGAACCCAGAGACGCCAAAUGUGGAAAAAUCCAGUGCCAAGGAGGAGCGAGCCGACCCGUAAUUGGUACCAAUGCUGUUUCCAUAGAAACUAACAUCCCACUUCAGGAAGGUGGCAAGAUUCUGUGUCGUGGUACCCACGUGUAUUUGGGUGAUGAUAUGCCCGAUCCUGGUCUUGUGCUGUCAGGAACCAAGUGUGAAGAUGGAAAAAUUUGCCUCAAUCGUCGGUGCCAGAAUACAAGUGUUUUCGGUGUACAUAAAUGUGCAACGAAGUGCCAUGGACGCGGAGUCUGCAACAAUAAAAAGAACUGUCACUGCGAGGCUGACUGGGCGCCCCCGUACUGUGACAAGCCAGGGUUUGGUGGCAGUGUGGACAGCGGACCCAUUAGGCAAGCAGACAAUAAGAGUUUAACCGUCGGAGUGUUGAUAACCAUCCUGUGCCUUAUCUUUGCUGGAUCAAUCAUGUAUCUGAAAAGGAAGACUUUCAUGAAAUGGUUAUUUACAAGCAAAAAGACAACAAUAGAGAAACUAAGGUCUGUGACUCCAGCAAGACCUUCCAGUUCAUCUGAGCCCAAUCCUGUUCACACCACAUCUCUCAGUAAAAAUCUCAUCUUGAAGCCACAGAAUACAAAUGUACAAAAAAGAGACAGUCCAAGACGACCGCUGCCAUAUCAGAUCAUUGACAUUAGUAACCCCGUGAAGAGACACGAUUUGCCACAACUAAAAACACCGCAGCGAGUCCUGCCGCCGCUUCCCCAGCUGCCAUGUCACCAAGCUGUGCCUGAAAGACCUUUGCCAGCUCACCCUUCGCUGAGGUUCGCCCAGGAAAACCACAAACCAAACCCUCCUCGGAAGCCGCUGCCCGCAGACCCUCUGACUAAAGCGCGCUGCAACGGCGCGGCUGCCGCGGCGCCCGCACACGCCAAAGCUCUGCCUCAUGUUACUCCCGUCAGACCUGCUCCUAAGCACCCACCACAGGUAUCCAGGUCCAGCAACACUGCUGAUGUGAAAUGA